AUGGGCUUGGAGCUAGAGAUGGGAUAUCCCAUAUAUGUUCAGCAUUCUGUUGACAUCGAAUCUAUUGGUAUAAAAAGCAGUUAUGUAAUUCAUGUACAUUUGGUUCUUACCGUUGACAACAAGUUGGAUACCCCAGAAUCAUUCCUGACUGAUUUCAUUAGCUUUACAGUGAAACUUGUUCGCGAUUUCAUCCAAAAAACAGUCGAAGAUUUUAUUCACUGUCAUCAGCACAUACAUAGCCACCUGAAACCACGGUGCCUUCGAUUCGACGAGUCUGUGACGAUACAUAGGGGUGUGACAGAUCUGAAUCGACUCCUUGCUAAUAUCAGGGCUCACGGUGGUCAUCACGUUUGCUUUCUGAGCGGAAGAGCUGAUACCACCACCAUUUCAUUUUUUGAACAUGGUAUAGCUGUGGUAACGCUGCCAAAGUUGAACAGACACUACAAGGAAUUGUUGUCGUGUGGAUCAGUCGAUGAAUUACGCUCCAUAGGACUUGGAGUUGGAGCUGCACUUCAUGAGAUUGGCCAUUUGUUAGGAGCUUUCCAUUUUGCGCGAGGGAUUAUGAGUGAACACUCAAAUGCGAUAAGAACGACGUACCAUGAUCUCAAGCUUUACGACGAUCUCCCCAUGGAAGUAACUCUUCGUAUAAAGGAAGGAUGUUGGGAUCUAAUACAACGUGAAGUCGUUUCCGUCCAUGUUGGCCAAGCUGGCGUACAAAUUGGAAACGCCUGUUGGGAAUUGCUAUGCUACGAGCAUGGGAUCAGCCCCGAUGGUACACCACUAGGGAGUCAUGAGAACAUUGAACCCGGCAGUGAACAGACGUUCUUUUCUGAAACCUAUGGAGGACGAUAUGUGCCCAGAGCCACGUUGGCUGAUCUUGAACCGACUGUCAUUGAGGAAAUACGGACUGGCCUGUACAAGGAACUGUUCAGCCCAGAACAAAUGAUAUAUGGUAAAGAAGAUGCUGCGAAUAAUUUUGCUAGAGGGUUCUAUACUGCAAAUGUGAAUAAUGUCCUGAACAGUAUUCGACAUAUGGUGGAAAAUUGUUCGAGUUUACAAGGUUUUCUGAUAUUCCACUCACUUGGCGGUGGUACUGGCUCAGGUUAUGAGGCAUUAAUAAUGGAACAUCUAUGUCAGGAAUAUGGAAAAACGAAUAAACUGGAAUUCUCCAUAUAUCCAGCUCCUUUGGUAGGAUGCUCAGCAGCGGUUUAUACUUCGCUUCCAAGCUGCGUCUCUAAUGGCAGCCUAGUUCAGACUUCAACUGCCGUGGUAGAGCCGUAUAAUGCCAUCUUGGCCACUCAUGAUACGCUCGAGAACUCAGAUUGUAGUUUUCUUAUGGACAACGACGCAAUUAAUGAUAUCUGCUCUUUACGGCUGAAAAAGAAAGUAGUAUCGUCUAUGACCGCCUCGAUACGCUAUAGUGGUGAACUAAAUGUGGAUCUCAAUGAAUUUUCUACAAAUCUCGUCCCUUUCCCACGUAUACACUUUCCUUUAGUGGCUGUGAGCCCCUUAUUUGGGGAAGAUCAAGUACAUCACGAAGCGGUCACAGUAAAAGACAUCACAACGAUGUGUUUGGAGACCACCAGCCAAAUGGUGAAAUGUGACCUGAGGGAAGGCAAAAAUAUGGCUGCGACGUUGUCCCAAAAGAUGUUAAUAGCGCUAUUGAACACAUCAAAGGGACGCAUGUGCUCGAAUUCGUCAGUUGGUGUCCUACCGGCUUCAAGGUCGGGUAUUCGUUCGCUCCCUGUCCUACGAAGUCUGAAACGAAUGGGACUUUUCAAGGUGGGAAUCAAUCAGAAACCGCCCACAGCCGUCCCAGGAAGUGGAAUAGCGCCAGUUCCACGAGCAGCAUGUAUGCUGUCGAACAAUACGGUGAUUGCGGAAGCUUGGGCUCGCCUCAAUCAUAAGUUUGACCUCAUGUACGCAAAAAGAGCAUUCGUUCAUUGGUAUCUAGGAGAGGGUAUGGAAGAAGGAGAGUUUUAUGAGGCACGGGAAGAUAUGGCUGCUUUGGAAAAGGAUUAUGAAGAGGUGCAGAACAUUUGGGUUGUGGGUACACUCGAUUCUCCUUUGAUUGCGACAAAUUGCAGAUAG